UCACCACACGGCGAGUAUUUUCAGAAGAGAAACUAAAACAUGGCGAGAAGGUCCAUUCGUUGGGUUGUACUGUGGAUAUGUUAUGUCGUGGUGGAAAAUGAGAACCCGUGCAGUGACUACAAGAACCUGACUCUCUCUGGGGACAGAAACCCUCAGUGCCCGUAUGACAAAAACAAUGACAAAUGUGACUUGUACAUUAAAGAAAACUGGUUCCGUCCUCAGGAUGACCAAGGCAACUUUCCUGCAAUGUCAGCCCAGUGUGUGCCACCAUCUAGCUGCGGUUCAUUGUAUCCUAUAUGGCUCAAUGGUCCCCAUCCCAGCGACCACGACGGAGUAGUAAAUAUCACUGCCUGCAUCAGCACCCAUGCCGACUGCUGCGAACAUGAACACACCAUGCAAGUCAUGAACUGCAGCAUCUACUACGUCUAUUAUCUCGUUCAUCCCAUCACUUGUCCUGCCAGGUACUGUUUUGAAUCUGAUUUGCCGUGUCCAACGUCAACGACCUGGACGUCGUCUACUUCAGUAAUGCCGUCAAACACUACCGACUCCGAUAAUGCCUCACACGUACGGUGUUCGAAGUAUAAGGUUGCCGUCACGGCCUUAUUCACGCUUACAUUCGCCCUUGUGGUGCAAACGCCGUUGUAAGUUGCAAUAAGGCGGAAACUUGUGGUACUCACAGCGGGGAGGUGAAUGAUAGUUCGAAUGGCCUUGUAACAAGGUACAAUAAGAUAGAUAAUACUUUUCCGAUAAAGGCUU